ACCUCUUUAGCCGCCGCGAGGAAAGAGGAACGUAAUAUAAACCAACCGCCGGGUAGGCCCCGCCUCCUGCGCUCGGUUGCCAUGGCGACGGCGUCGGCCGUGAGGAGGAGGCCGCCGCCGAAGCAAAGCGAAGGCCCAGUGAGCGACCAUGGGGCGCAGUGAGUCCCGCUUUCCUCGCGUCUUCGCCGGCGGGGUGGGGGGGGGAGGGGUUGCGAACCGCUCGGGGCCGAGCCUGAGGGGAAAAUGGGGCGGAGGGUGUGUGUGUUUUUUUGGGGGGGGGAGGGAGAAACCCCGCAACCGGUUUUCCCUGAGAGAACAGCAGGGGGCCUUGCGGUGCCUUCAGAGCAGGACCGCGCCGUGCAUUUAGAACGCGGCCAACCGUCGUUUGUAACGGUCGCUCAAAGCACGUGACCCUGUCCCUGCCCCGCGCGCAAAGCCUCCUGGGAAAUGCAGUUCCCACGCCCUUUCCUCACACCCCCUGCGCCUCGUGGCUUCUGGUGUUUGCUGCCGCCUCCCGCCUGUCUCUGGAGCAUGUGCAGAGGGCAGGGAGCGUUCUUUCUCCCCACACCGUAGCUAAACAGCUGCAUAACCUUUAGAAGACAUCUGAAGGCAGCCCUAUAUAGGGAAGUUUCUUCUAAUGUGUCGUGUUAGCUGGGCGGGGCCCUAUUAUUAUUAUUAUUAUAUCCCAGAGUGCCUGGGGCAACCCAGUCAGAUGGAUGGGGCACUAUUAUUAUUAUUAUUAUUAUUAUUAUUAUUAUUAUUCAGGGCUGGAUUUAGGUUCGAUGAGGCCCUAAGCUACUGAAGGUAAUGGGGCCCUUUAUAUGUCCAGCUGUCCUUUGUCAACAACAACUUCUCGCUGUUUUUUGUGUUGAAUAUAUGCUAUAUGGUAAUUUAUGGACCUAAUAGGUAUCUAAAGCCAUUUGAACAUAACAAAAUAUGUAUUUUAUCAAAGUAGUUGUUGAACUGAAAUACAAUUAAGAAGUAUAUUAAUAGUGAAAUAAUUAUUAAGCUUUAACUUAAAAUGGACAGUGUUCUAAGCUACCAGCAUGCGUUUGACCAAACUGCGGGAGGCAGUGGAAGACAGGAGUGCCUGUCGUGCUCUGGUCCAUGGGGUCAUGAAGAGUCGGACAUGACUAAACGACUAAACAACAACAACAACAAACUUAAAAUGAUUUCAUUUUAUUUGUUUUUUAUCUUAUAUUUUGGAAAUGUGCAUCCAGUUGUUGUUUUUCCUUUAAUUUUUUUGGGAGUCCCCAAGAGAGUGGGGCCCUAAGCUAUAGCUUGUUUAGCUUAUACCUAAAUCCGGCACAAUAUUAUUGAGGAGGCAUUUCCCCCCAAGCCAAGAGCAUGUGCAGAGAGCACUUCUCAAGUCAAGUGGGAAUGACUUUGAAGCCAGUGGGCCUGAGCAUGUGCAGAGGACAUCUUCCCGUACAGGGAGCACGUGGAAAGGGGAUGCUGAGUAAGCUAAGGAGGCAAAGGCACCUGCAGGAAGCCUUUUUCAGCCUGUGGAAGGUGAGCUCAUCUCUGCGCAUAUGCAGAGGGUGCUCCCGGUUCUGACAGCCCAAAAGCACGUGCAGAAGGGAUUUGCAAGUCGAGCAUGUGCAGAGACAAGGGGGCAGUGGUGGUGGUGGUGGGGAUAGCUGCCCCCCCAUCAAGUAAAUAAAUAAAAAUACUUAACUAAAAGUAGAAAUUGUAGAAAGAUUUAGACAUAUUUUUUCUGAGCACUUUGGAUCAAUAGAAAAUAAUUUAAAACUACUGAGCGCUCACAAUGUGCUCCCCCGCCUCUACCCCUCUCUCAUAGUGAAUAGACUACAAACUUAAGUAAGUUUAAAUGCUUUACUUACGGUAACCAAAGGUCUCAUUCAUGCCUUGUUCAGUGCUACAGCAAAAACAACACAGGUAAAAACCUCUGCAGUACAAAUUUCAUCAGUUACUUUAAACAUGGAGUCUGGCACUCGGGAGCCCCAGUCUCAUUCUCCUGGUCCGUUACAUGGUUCAAAUAGAAGAGAAAAGAGAGCAAAAGGAAUAGGAAACAAGCCUUUCUCCCUCCCUCCCCCAAAAUACGGGAGCAUGACCCAGCUGAGCCUCCUCUAGAAAUUUACAGCUUUGUGGUCUUUAUUUACUAAUUAGCAUAGACAUGCAUUGUUAGGUUUAAUUGCAAAAUCUCCCACAAAAACAGCAUUGGAAUGCAUUCUUUAUGAGCUCAGUUCUGCGCAUCAUUUAACCAAGCUUAUGUUGUUGUUUUUUCCUGUGAUGAGAUUAAUUUCCCCACAAAACACAUAUUUUAUACAUCACAGAAGUUCUCAGGUUCACUCACCAGGAUCUUCAGGUAGGACUAGGAAAGCAUCCUGUCUGAGACUCUGGAAAACUGCUGCCAGUCAGUGUCAACAUUAAUGAGCUGGACGGACCAAUGGGCAGCUUCUAUUUUUCUAUGCUAUUGCAAGAAGUGUUGCCUUAGAAAGUAUCAAAUACAGAAGUGAGAAUAUAAAACCCACUUCUGGUUUUGAUAUCUUUCUAAAGCAAUGAAUGUGGCCUUACUUGAUGGAAGGAAUUGCUUCUGUAUUUACUAUGAUAUUUCUUUCAGUCACAGAAGAGCUAGUUAGACAAAGGGCAGAACAUAACAACUGUGAAAUCUUUUCCUUGGAAGAAAUUUCCUUACACCAGCAGAAUAUAGAGAAAAUAGAACAUCUUGACAAAUGGUGCCGGGACUUGAAAAUUCUGUAUCUUCAAAAUAAUCUGAUCCCCAAAAUUGGUGAGUAAACUCAGUGAUGUAUUAAUCCGUCUGACAGCUGAAAAUGGUCUAAGAUGAUAUUGGGAGGGGAAAGUUUUAAAAGGGAUAAGGUGUUCAAGGCCCAUAACAUUUUAAGAAGAGAAAACAGUUUUCAAAAACUCCUUUCUGUUUUGUCCUAUACAAAUAGUUCACAAGCUAUAACCAGGAAGUUGUUCAUUAAUUUUCCUUUCUGCUUCCUCUGAAACUUACAAAUGCGGUGAGUAAAUUGUGUAUAGGAACAUUCCCUUAAUCUCAAGAAGCUGGUGUAAAGCAAGCUGUCAUUGUAAGCCAGCGUAGAGUGAUGCCAGAUCCAAAACUCCUUCAGGAGCAAGCCUUCUGCCUGCUGAGCUGGUCCAAGCCUAUCAAAAAGGAAAACAAACCUUUAAAAUAGCUUGUCUUACACUUCCAUUUUUUGCCAGGUCAUGUGAGCAUCCCACUUAAAUCCCUGCUGCCUGUUCCUGCUCCCAGAAUACUCCUUUUGGGGGACAGAGAUCCAGUCUCAUUCUUAGCAGAGCCACUGUCAUCUCAAUUCCCCUUCCAUUUGAACUGAAUUCAUUCACUAGUCUUCUAAUUUAUUUGAAUGGAAUGGUAAUGCUUUGAUUCAUCCUCUUAAAAAUAUAGAGAGAAGUGCAGAAAUGAAAUGAAUAAUAAUAGUAUUAAUAACACUGUGGUCUUUUGGCUUCUUGAAGACUUUUUGGGGGGGGCUGUUUUAAUUUCUGCUCGGUUGGUAAUUUAAAAACUAUUACUGUAUCUUCUUCAUUAAGCCUAACCUUGCAGAUUGACGUGAUCAGUAAUAAAUUCUGUUUCAGAAAAUGUUAGCAAACUGAAGAAGCUUGAAUAUUUAAAUUUGGCUUUAAACAACAUUGAAAAAAUUGAGAAUUUGGAAGGUAAGAUCUUUGCCUUACAAAAAAAAAAUGUAAGUCAUGCUUGUUAAUAUGGAAAAGGAUUCAUCUUUUUAUGAUAGAGAAUGGUACUGCUGAAACCCUGCUGGAUUCUGGGCACACAUGGAUUUUCUGUUUCUCGGAAGCAGAUAUUUAUUAACUUGUCUAGGUUCAAGUUAUUGAACCUGUCAACAGAAGGAAUAUCAAGCAGAGAUGUUUGCAUUCAGCAAGUGGAACAAACUUUAUCCAGCUUGAGACACCUCCUUGAAUUGAUAGGUGAUGCUCAAUAUAAGCACUUCCAUGCCAGGCUUAUUCAUUAGUCUGGGUGAGAAAGAGACCUGCUCUCACUUUAGUUUUGUCUGCAGGGGAUCCUUUCCCAACAGCCUGUGACAUCAAAACAUUGUACGUGAUCUUCACACAUAAGUCCUUCAGCCCACAGAAUUUUGUUGAUACGUUAUUUGAGUGAGUUGGCACAACACUAGAUUGAAGCUUUGGAGUACAGUGGAACCGCGUGCUAUGGAUGGGAUCCGUUCUGGAGGCCCGUCCAUAACACAGAACUGACACAAGCUGAAGCAUCGCGUCUGCGUAUGCGCACAGCGUGAUUUAGCUCUUCUGCGCAUGUGCGAGCGGCAAAACCCCGAAGUAACCCGUUCCGGUACUUCCGGGUUGCCGUGGGACACAACACGAAAACACGUAACCUGAAGCGGACGCAACAUGAGGUAUGACUGUAUUGUGCUUAAAUAGUCAUAGCAAUAUAUUUCGAGUGAUUGCCCAAUUCUCCAGUGCGGCAGUUGGACUGCUGAACUAUGCAAGCUAGCCAAAAGGUAGCUGUGCAAUUGGACUGGUUAAUCAAAUAUCUUCUGUAAGGCUGUGCAUUUAAAUGGUGGUAAGAUUAAUUUAGAGCCAGUAUAUUCUAGUAUGCCUUCUCACCCUCAUCUCUAGAAAUGGAUCCUUAGCUAUGCUGUUUGUAGAAUUGGGGGGGGGGGGGGACUUGAUUUUGAGAACAAAAUGUGAGCUUCUAACAGUUCAAGCAUGUCACUGUUUCUCUCCCACAAAAAGCAGGAGGCUCCAGGGGGAGACUUUUAUUGUGAGGAGAAAAUGCUGGAGACCUGGUUUUUUUGUUUAUAUAAUGGGAAGGGUGGGCAGAUGGAAAGCAGGUGUGCACGCAAGCAGAAAGGAACAUAGCUUAGUUUCACCCUUGGAAUCUCUGCUUUAUGUCUAAAAUCUCGGAGAGCUACUGCCAGCUAGAGUAGAGGCUGCUGGCUCAGUGAUGUCCUGACUCCGCCAUACCAGGUGGCAAUAGAGUCAAGGCCAGCCAGCCCUGGGUAGAUCCAAGUGAGCAGCUUGUUCCAACAAAGGCUGGAGGUAAACAGGCUUUUAUGAGUACUUUCCUCCACUCUGCCCUUUCCAGGCUCUAGUCCUUUGGCCUGAAGACUAUGGAUCUUAGAGGGUUGUCUCCUUGGCUUGAAGACAAGUGCCUCACAUUCUUUCUGUGAACUCCCACCUGGUGUGCAGACCCAGCAGUGCAGGAGGGACUAGCUUCCUCCAGCGAGUCAGGCUCAGAGAAUGGCAUCUGUGAGUUACCUGACUCAGGCUCUGCAAGUUCUCGACCACCAGCCUAAGGUUCCAUGGGCUCCAAACCAUCAGCCUUGAGAACCAGGUCCAAUUCCCCAGCUGGUCAUGCAGCGGCCCUAGACUUGGCCAGCUCUUCUGCCUCUGACUCUAAACUGGAGGCUGUGGCCAUGAAAAAUGGACCAAUGAUCUGGCUCAAUAUCAGCUUCAUAUGUUAAUCUGAUUGUGUAGGAGGGCAGCCAUUUGAAAACUAUAGCACCUUUAGUAGUCGUGUAGAAGAGGGGGCUUCAGCAGGUGCGGCUUGCAUGACGUGCUUCAGGGCUGAAAUCCACUUUUCUAUACAUCUAUUAAAGGUUCAGGAGCCCUGUCCACCUUUUCAUCUUGUUAUCCCAUCUUUCAGCAGAGUAAAUCAGACAAUGUAGACUUUUUUUGGGAGUAAGUUCCACUGAAAACUGUGGAGUUUACUUCUCAGUAGACCUGUGUAAGAUUGCAGUGUGAGGCUGUGUUCUAGAUCCAUUUGCCCAAAAUUAAGUCUGACUGAGCUUAGGGAGAGUCACUUCUGAAUGUUAGUUACAUUCUUCAUAGCGCAAGCCAGUUAUGAAAGAAUGUGGAAAAAUAACUGACCAAUUUAGCAACCAAUUGCAGGAGAAACAUUCAGUGUGCAAGGCAGAAGCAUAUUGCUGUAGCUAGAGCCUCUUUAAAAAUGGAAACUGAUAACAGCCCAAAUGAAUGCUAAGAUUAAUCAGAAUAUAAAUGAAGUUCCCAGUAUAUUGUUGCAUAUAACUCUGGAGAACUACUGUUUCUCCCUUCUGAUUUCAUCCUGCUUUUCUGUGAGACAACUGUAUCGACAAAAAAAUUUCUACCUUGGAAGCUCAGAAUUGCAAAAUUAACCCUCUAAUCAUCUGGGUCACAUAAAACUAUAAAUCUUAGAUGUAUUAUAUAUAAUCUGAUCGAAUUUUUCCCUUUUUUGAGAUGGGGUCAGCCCCAGGCUAAGCACCUCUAAUAGAUUAUAUCCUAUAAGAGCACGUCUACGAUCAAAGGAAAGCAAAAGUUCCUAGUGACCACAUGUAGAGAACAGGAGGGAGCAAAUGGUCUAAAUACAGGAAGCAGGUGCAAGACAGAAAUGAUAGCAAUUACAGUUCUGUAUUAUUCCCUCUGCUACAGGAGUGUUAAGGCUAAGAUUUCUUGUAUGCUGGCUGGGCAAAGCAACAGUCCAGCAAAGGGGCAAUGUUUCAGGGCAAGGUUGCUAAAAUAAUUUAAAUAAUCCUGCUGUAUAUGAUCCGGAAAGGUAUCAACUAUAAAUGGGAUUACCAAAUAGCAAGUCAGUAGAGAGACAUUAAUUGUUCUGUUUAUUUAGGGCUACAGAUGUGUUCUUGUUAAGGCUAUUAAGAUGGAUAAAUAAAUAAAGAUAAAAUAAAGUACUUCUUCACACAGUACAUAGUUAAACAGUGGAACUCGCUCCCACAUAGGGCAGUGAUGGCUACCAACUUAGAUGGCUUUAAAAGAGGAUUAGACAAAUUCAUGUAGGCGAGGGCUAUCAAUGGCUGCUAGUAAUGAUGCCUGUGCUCCACCUCCACAGUUGGAGGCAGCAAUGCUUUUUGAAUUUUCUUGAAAGACCUACAUUGGCUCCCAGUCCGUUUCUGAGCACAAUUCAAAGUGUUGGUGCUGACCUUUAAAGCCCUAAACGGCCUUGGUCCAGUAUAUCUGAAGGAGCGUCUCCACCCCCAUCAUUCUGCCCAGACAAUGAGGUCCAGCACCGAGGGCCUUCUGGCGGUGACUGGGAGCGGCCGCUGAGACCACAUAACACCGGUCAUGAGAUACCUACACUGGCUCCCAAUACGUUUCCGAGCACAAUUCAAAGUGUUGGUGUUGACCUUUAAAGCCCUAAACAGCCUUGGUCCAGUAUACCUGAAGGAGCGUCUCCACCCCCAUCAUUCUGCCCAGACAAUGAGGUCCAGCACCGAGGGCCUUCUGGCGGUUCCCUCGCUGCAAGAAGCCAAGUUACAGGGAACCAGGCAGGGGGGCCUUCUCGGUAGUGGCACCCGCCCUGUGGAAUGCCCUCCCACCAAAUGUCAAAGAGAACAGCAACUACCAGACUUUUAGAAGACAUCUGAAGGCAGCCCUGUUUAGGGAAGCUUUUAAUGUUUGAUGCAUUACGGUAUUUUAAUAUUUUGUUGGAAGCAGCCCAAAGUGGCUGGGGAAGCCCAGCCAGAUGGGCGGGGUAUAAAUAAUGAAUGAUGAUGAUGAUGAUGAUGAUGAAGAAUACCAGCUUCUGGAAAGCACAGGAAGAGAGAGUGCUGUUGUGCUCGAAUCCUGCUCAUUUCCCACAGGCAUAUGGUUGGCCACUGUGAGAACAGGAUGCUGGACUAGCUAGGCCAGAAACAAACUCUGCAAGUAGUUCUCACUUUUUACACAUUUCAAAUGAACAUCAUCUUUAAUUGACUCUUCUGUUUUACAAGAAGUAUGAGUUAAAAACAAGCACACUGUCCUAAUUUUUAAGAUGUCAGUUGUCGUCUUAGAAUCUGACGUUUUUGUUUGUGAAUUGAAAGGCAAGCAGGAGCUGUGUCCCAUGAUGACUCGGAGGUGAGAGGGUGUGCUUAUUAAAUGCAGAGUUAAUAAUGAUUUUUUUAAAAACCCUCUCAUAUUUGCCAAAUAGGCUGUGAAGAAUUGCAGAAGCUGGAUUUGACAGCUAAUUUCGUUGGAGAAUUGUCCAGUGUUAAGACCCUGAAAAACAACAUACACCUUAAAGAGCUCUUCCUUACCGGAAACCCCUGCACUGAUUUUGAAGGUUAUAGGCAGUUUGUCGUUGCUACCCUUCAUAAACUCAAAGUACGUCUCAUGUAAAAUAUUAACUGCAAGCACCUUUGUGUCAAGGGCCAGGUUAAUCCAACACACUAAAGCAAAAUAUAGAUUAGAGAUGUAGCAUUAAUUUGGUUCAUUUGUUUUACCAGUUGAACUCAGUAGGGCUUAGACACAAAUUAAUUAAUUCAAAGUCUUUAUACUCUGCCCUUCCUCCAGAUUAGAGCACAGUGUGGCUGAUAAUACAACAUGCAGUAUAAACAGUAAUAUAAAACAAACCAAAACCAUAUAUCCACUGUAAAAACAGCAGCACUAAGCCUCCACUCUAACCAGUAUCCAUCACUAUCAGGUUCCAAAGGCUGGGGCAAAUAAUUAUGUUUUGACCUGUUUUCUAAAAAUGGCUAACGUGGAGUGUUGUUGUAUAGGUUUGCAUUGUAUAGGUCUGAACUGUUAAUCAACUAAAAAUAUGCAUUUGAUUAAUUGGGCAGGAUAUAAUUUCUUAAUUAUUUUUAGUACAUGUGUUUAUAAAUAUGCAUAUUGCCAGUACCAUCCUAAAAGAGGAACAUAGGAUGGAUUUCCUUCUCUAAGAUGAUACCUCUUCCAACACAUGGAUGUUUGAUCUAAAAAUAAAGAAAGUAUGCUUUUUAACUGUGGUUUUUAACCAGAGGAAAAUUUUGUAUAUUUUAAUCUUUUCACUUGAUAUUUACUAGGCAAGAUGAAAAGGAAUUGGUAAAAGUCAAGUUUAUGACCACUGACUGACUUGCUUUUGAUUUUUCCUGGAGCAAAACAUAGCUGUAUGUACACCAGUCUUGUUAAUAGGUUGUAAAAACUAGUCCACAUGUAAUUACAUUUUAGACUCUUGUCUAAAACUUCUGUUUCCUUCAUGAAGCUAAAAAUGAUUUGCUUAAAGUAGCUUUAAGAAACAUAUAUACAGUGUGGCAUCAAGCAACCUCCACAAUGACCCAGUUCAGGUAUAACAUACUUUGCCGUGAUGUGAAAGAGCCACAAUAAGCCACUUUGGGUGUACAACUCUGGAAGGGUUUGCAAUAAGCCGAUGUGAUCCUUGGCCUGGAGAAGGUUAGUCACCUGGGCUAUAGUUUGCUGAGGUCAAGCAUCAUGGAGAAACAGUGGGUAGUUUUUAUUUCAGUUGUAUACUAAAAUGGAUUUAAUAAAAAUGAUUGAAUGGGGGGUGGAUUUCUUUGGUGUUUGUAUUGAGCUUUUAUUUUGUUCCCUCCCUUUAAGUUUUUGGAUUCUAAAGAGAUAGGACGUUCAGAGAGGAUUCAGGCUUUACAGAGCUACCCUGAGGUAGCAAAACAAAUCCACGAGCAGGAGAAGGCCUACCUGAUUAAAAGAAGACAAGAAAAAGAAGAGGCACAGAGAAGGAUACAAGAAAAGCAGGAGAAGAAGAAGAAAAACGAGAAUCAAAAGAAAUAUAAUCCAGGAUACGAUGGACGGUGGUACACAGACAUCAAUAACAGCAUGUAUGUGUUUUUAUUAGCCUAUUUUAUAUCUUUCUCUUGAUACAGAUUUUUUUUCCUGCCCUGGAAAGACGUAUGUAUAGCAUAAUGGUAGGCUAUCAUAUGUCUCUUUAGGUCACACGGGGCUCUCAUGUGCUGAGAAUCUCCAUCGGUAUCUGCCCUGCCAUCUGAAGCAAAAUGGGUGUAACCUGGAGAAAUGGCCUUCUCUGUGGUGGCGCCAUAAUUAUGGAAUUACUUCCUCUAUGAGGCUUGCCUGGCAUCCACAUUGCUAAACUUUAAGCGCCCAGUGAAAACAUUUUUAUUCCCAGACUUUUACAUUUUUAGCUGCCACUUUCAAUCAUAUUUUAUUACAAUGUAAAGCAUGCCAGAAAUAUUGAAAAGCAGGGUAUGAUUUAAAAUUAAUAAAGUUUCGAAGAUACUUUGUGUGCGUGUUGCUUUUUUCAGCCCAUAUUCUGUAAGAGAGAAAGAGAGCCAGCAGAAGGCUGAAGAAGGAAAUGAAUACCGUGAUUUAGUGAUAAAGGAAGAUGACGAAGAAGAGAGAGCCUUUUGGGAGGAACCUGUGCCUCAUACUCCAGAGGCUCGGUUAGAAGCUCACAGAUAUAUUGAAGAAAAAAAUAAAGCAAAAGAAAACAGGUAUAAUUCUAAUGCACUUUUGCCAUGUUUGCACUGAUUUUCACUUAUCCACGAUACCAAAUAUUGUUGAUCUUUGCCCCUUCUAUCUCAGUGGCAUUCAGCAUCGCUUAGGUCUAAUGACUGUAGUCUGCACAACAUCUUUAUUGCAGAAAUAGAAAAGUAGAGAUAGCCACUGUGUGGGACUGUAAGAAAAAAUCCAGAAUCCAUAUUAGGGCAAUAACUAUUAUGCCACAAAAUAUUGCAGAUAUUGGUUAUGAGUGUCUGCUAUAGAAUGUACCUGUAUAAAUGCCCCAUGGUACCCUGCAGUAGUUUAAAGCAGUGGUUAAAGCAAGGUGCAUGGUUACAGGUAAAAGUUAAGGUAAGUGAGGUGAUGCUUGAGUACAGGAAAUGGUAAAAGCUGGGAAGUAAUCUUCCUCCAGUAGAGAAGGGGAUCUGUGGGUGGAUUGCUCCUCCCACUCGCUCCACUAGGCAGGACCAAUCAAAUUCUCUCAUGAGACUGGCUGAGUGGUGACUGAGCCAGGAAAUCUCAGCCACUUCAAAUCUCGUAUCUGUGCCAGAAUUGCACUCUCUGGUUCUGCCCGGGUGGUUGAGUAAUUUAAAAUGUAUCCCAGUGUUGCAAGAGCUACUCUUAGAUAAGGUACUCCUAUGUAGCUUGGAGAAUAGGCAAGAUGUUCUCCUUCAGCACCAUCUGCAGUGUGUUUGGUGGGUGGGAAAUAAUACUGGCCUACUUUGCAGUGCCUUUGUGGAGGUACCUGAGAUAAUGAAUAUGAAGCACUUCAAAUACUCUAUGCUCUAGAUCUGCACUGGUUGCCUAUUUGCUACCGGACCAAGUUCAAGGUCUUACUAUCAGUAUAUUAAGCCCUUAAUACAGAGGUUUUCAACCUUUUUGAGUCCAUGGCUCCCUUAACCAACUGCAUUCUUUCUGCAGCACUUCUGUAGGGCUCAGGAGCCCAGUUAUGUCACCCAUUGCAUGUAGAGAUGACAGCCUCUCACCCUUUUUUGAAUACACUCCCUUGUGAAGUGUUCCUUCAGCCACUUUCCUCUCCUUGGGAGUCCUUCAGGCAGAUGCUGCUGUUUUCCCUGGUCUCUGAGCUGCCCUCCCCCUGCCCCAAAGAGAGGUGCUUCCCAGAGGCACCAUUCGUCUGCAGAGCUUAUAGCCAGGGCUGCUGCAAUAAACAGCUGUGCAAGCCUUUGGGAGGCAGAGACGUGAGAGGGCAUCAGAGGAGGGAAGGAAGGAAAGAGGGACAGAGGCCCGUGGCACCCCUGACCAUCAUUCAAGGCACCCCAGGGUGCCAUGGCACACAGGUUGAAAACCACUGCCUUAAUAGACUGGGACCAGUUUACUUGCGGGAUUGCUUCACCCCAUAUAUGACCACUUGGUCAGUUUGAUCUGCAGAACUGGCACUGUUAUAAGUGCCACAUACUUCUCAUUCAGCACCUGUAAGAAAUCAGUCUUUAAGUGUGGCAAAACCUAUGCUUUGGAACCUAUCCUUUCCUCUUGAAAUCAGGCAGGCAUUUUCACUGUACUUUUGUAGAUCCAUUGCACAAAAUAUAUGUUUGUGACACUCUCCCCAUGGGAGGGCAUAAGCUUUUCAGUUUUUAAAAACACGGACUUUAGUAUAUGGAGUACAGUGGUACCUCUAGUUGCAGACUUAAUCCUUAAGCCGUUCGCACCCCGAAAAGUCUGCAACUAGAGCGCCUCUUCUGUGCAUGUGCGCGGCGUGAUCGAGUGCUUCUGCGCAUGCGCAAAGCACGCAGAUCGCUUCUGCGCACGCGUGCAUGGUGAACCCGGAAGUAAACACUUCUGGGUUUGCCGCGUUCAUAAGCUGAAAGUCCGUAACGAGCAGAAUGCAACUAGAGGUACCACUGUAUAUUCCAACAUGCUUAUAUUUUGCUAAGGGCAGGAGGGGAAGAUUUUGCAGAGAGAUUGGGGGUUAGACUAUUGCAGUUCUAUUUGUGGAAUAUUUGCUGGCUCCAGUGCUCACGAAGAAGCAGCCACCAUCUCUACAUUAGAACUCGUUGCGAUAACCAUACAUGACUUGCUUUCAAAGUACCAUGGAGAGCUCCUCAUUUUAAGGUUCCAUUGCAUGCAGUGAAGUCAGCCAAGCACUCCUUCUUUACAAUGUUAUCCAUGCACCAUGUUCAAACAGCAGGGGCACAGGCACCUUGGUUAUAAGUAUACUCCUUUGGGAGUAAGUUUCAUUAAAAUUAGGUGCUUAAGACUAGCAUUGACAGAGCAGUUAUUUGGAAACAGCAUAAAAUCCUUCUGUUUGGACUGGCAUUUAUUAUCCAAGAACUGAGCCAAUUGGGGGAUGACAACAUAACUGACUGCAGUUUUAACUUUGUUUGCAUUUCUAAAGUAGAGCAAUAUGCCAGGUGUCCUCCUUGCAUUAAGCAAAUGUUUUUGUGUUUUAUUUAAAAGCUAGUUCACACCCAAAAAUCUUCCUCUUGCCUUCCCAUUUCUGUCUUGGUUACCUUGAAGAAAGGAUGAGAAAGAGAAAAAAACAAUAAAAUACUGAAAAUCCUUUCCUCACUUUUCUUUGUUAGAGAGCAAACCAAGAAAGAGAAACCACCGAGGACUUUAAUCACUCCAGAAGGAAGAGUUCUGAAUAUAAACGAACCUAAGUAUGUAAGGAGGAAUGAUCACUUGGGUUGUGCGGCCUUUUAGUGAUGGAAUUGGUUAAGUUAUACACAGUUUUGAGAAUUUACCAGAAAUUGUUGUGUCAGAUUCUAAAAUCUCAUGAUAUAAAUGUAUAUGCACAUAUGAAUUUUCCAUAUUUCCCCAAAUCCAUAUGCUGCAUAGACUUGUUUCAAGGUAUGGAGAAUUUUUGAAUAGACAUCAAGACCCCACACUUAGUUCCUCCAAUCCCUUAGGUAGGAUUUCCACAUUAAAGACGAUCUGGCCUUUGCUGCUUUUCUUUAUUCAGAUCAAGUAAGUUGCAAAGAGAAUGAAUAAAUCUGCUGCGUACCAGAGUGCCAUGAGGAGAAAGAAGAAUAGUGGCAGGAAGGAAAUAUUGAUGUUUACCUACAGUGUCUCACAAGAAACGCACCGUUUUAUCGAUGUCUCUGCUUUGCUGUAAAAAUGUGUUGACAGCUGUACAAAAAUAGGAGUAGCUUGCUUGUGUGAAGACGUCAAGUGUGUAAUAUCUUAAAAUGUUGUGUUGACAGAUCGGAAUUAUGGUUCUGGGAGCUACAGACAUAUUGAAGAAAGCUCUAGAGCCCCAGAGACUCGUGUUGUCAAUAGUUACUGAAUGAUAUGUACUAUCGCCUUCUUUCAAUGGAUUCAUAUUGAGGGCCAGAUUUUUAUAAACUGUUAAGCAGGUUUGUGAGAAGCAGUAAUAUCCCCCUCACCCGGUGCGACUCAGUUUCACAACAUCAUUUUAAUGCAGAGAUGGGGAAUCUUUGGCCCUUCUAUUUGCUGGUCUACAAUUGUUCCUGGCCAGUGGACAUGGAGGUUGAGGCUGAUUUGAGUUGGAGUCCAAUAAUAUGGUUCCCCAUCCCAGUUUGAAUGCAUAUGAAAAAUGUUGGAUUGGUGAGAUCGAAUUAUACCAAGGUUAUUAUAAUUCUUAGCCAUUAAACAGCACUUUGGAGCAUUCCAAAGGUUUUACAAAUGGUGGGCAAUAUCCAACAGUGUAGCUCCAUUUGUGCAGAGAUUUCUCUUUGUGCCAUGAAACUUCCCCUCCCUCUUCUCUCCCUGUGUGCCCUUCCUAAAUGUGCUCUGGAACGUUAGGGGAACCUUUCCAGAACAUAUUUAGGGGGCAUGUGGGGAUUGCUUGAGGAGAAGGAAGGGAAGCUCCAUUGCACAGCCAAAAGUCCUUGACUUUCGUCAGAUACUGCCCAUUAUAUUAGCUUACAUUGCAGAGCAGGGGUUGAGGCCAAGAAAAUAAUGGCUUCCCUAAGGCUAUCAAGAGGCAAGAUACGAAACAGUUUUUUUAAAAAAAUUAUCAGUCUCUUAGCUACUAUACCAAACUCUCACCCUUCUCACUCUGGUGUUAUAACAUCUCAUGUGAUAACCUGACUUGUACUGGAUGGAGAACACUGAAACCAAAAUGAGUUCAAAACAGAUCUAUCAGAGCUAUAGAGAAGGACCAUGUUUUGCAUGGAGGAAGUCCCAGGUUCAGCCCCUGGGUAUCCAGUAGUUUCUGUGUGAGAGACGAGUGCUGCAUUGGUCAGAGUAGACCAAAAUGGGCCAGAUGGCAGAUUCGUAUGUUCCUAUUCCAAAUUCUUGUAUCAUCUUAUAUACUGAUUUUCUCAAUGGUUUGCUCAAGGAUUUCAGUUUGUAGAAUAAUGCAUAGCUCAGUAAAGCUUGUUGAAAUAAUGGGACCUGGAAAGAACUUUGCAAAACAAAUUCUGUUCCUGAUAGAAGAAUAAUGUUCGACCAUCACCCCUUCUUGUUAGUUUUUGGCCAGCAGGUGUCUCUCUUCCAGCACUGAUAUAUAGCUGUGAAUUAAACUGACCUCGUGUCACUCACAAGCAAUAAACCAGAGCACAGUUUGUGUGAUGUUCUGUAGGAUUCUGCAGAUAUGUUAAAAGAAGGAUGUAUGUCUUUGUUAAUGCUAAAUCUAAAGCAACUAGCAGUUGAAGUCUGCACAUUGUUUCUUUCAAUUCUAGUAAUGUUGUGCAAAUCUUUUUGCUAUUAUUGCUAGGCUUCCUUUCUCUUUAAAAGAUGAUGAAGCAAAUAACCAAUUCAUCCUGGAUCUUGCUGUUUACAGGUCAGAAAAAAUCACUAUAUUUGCACUGCUGCUGUGCCUGCUUUUGGACACUGCUGAAUGUUAUUAGUUACUCAGCUGUUAGCUUUCCAUUCAUACUUUCAUAUGCACAGUGGAUGGUAUUAAAUUGGCUAUGUGAAGCAGCAAAUAUUAUAUUGCACAUGUUUGCCUGUUUGUUUUCCGUAACUGGGCCAUUUACCAGUAUUUUGGGAGAAGAGAGAGUUUUGACAUCAAGGAAAAUGCUUCAGGGCAGACCAUUAGCACACUCACACGAGCCUCAACCCGAGUCAUGCUCCCCCAAGGCUGCUUUAAAAAAACGGAAUAAAGAGAUGGGCGAUCUGAAGGCAUCUCAUCUACUUUGGCCCUUAGUGCAAAGGUACUGAACUGGAUUUCAUUUGCAGGUUUGAUGCAGUUUCAUCAACCCUUAAUCCAGACAGGUUUGUUAUCUCACUACAACAGUAAACAUUCUCACCUGUGGUUUCAUGCAAAUUGAGACCCAGUCUAUGUUGACUGUUGGGUGUGCCUGUAUUCUUCUAUGGGUGAUUUGCUUCUUGGGUUUGAAUCUUGUUUCAGUCGCUCGAGUGGUAUCACUGUUUUCUCUCUCCCCUUCCCCUUUGGGUCUGGUCUGAGAAAAAGUGUCGAAUGCAACCAUGUGACUCUUGGUAUAACAUGAGCCACAGUAGGAGGGAACAGAGAGGAGUUUAAUCUUCCUAAGGACGGCUCAUAAAUUAAGGAACUACUAAACUAAAUGGACUCCCUUCCCUUCCCAUUUCAAAGACAUCUAGACACCUCCCUGCUUGAUAUUGAUGUACAGCCUACUUACGUCCGAGUAAUGAUCAAGGGAAAGGUUAGUACGCUUUGUUGUUAUUGCUUUUAUUUAAUGUUUUUCAGAAGUUUAAUUUUGACUCCUUUCCACUUCCUAAUAUUGGCUCCUUCAACAUGUCAAUGCUGUACUUGUUCUAUGGAUGUUAUUGGCCUGGUGGGAAGAGUUCUAGGAGUGAAGGAGGAAACCUACUGUUCCCUUCCAGUUUUAUCACUUCAAUCUGGGGGACUCAAAGAAGGCAAAGAAAGCCUGCCCUCUUCCUUCUCCCUUCAGUUCCUUGUGGGUUUCCACUCUGAGACCCAAGUCUAAUGAACCCUGAUAGUUUUUGCAUCUCAUGAUGUCAGUGAAAAUGAAAUAAGGUGACAGGCACCAAGACAUUGUGGCAAGAAAAGGCUUAGUCUGUUUGUUAUUUGCCAUGCAAAGUUGCAUUUGCACUCAUUUUCUUGGCUGGAGUAUACUUCUUAAGUAACUUUUGGAAUGCAGCUUCACCACACUGCAUCAAUUACAUUCAGGUGGGCUAUCUUAACUUUUGAAAUUAGCCAUUUCGGGAGUAUUAUGCAAAAGCAAAAUGGGAAGAUAUAUUUAACUGAUGAUGUAGAAAGGCCCUAAGAUGGGGAGUCAAGUUCCCCUUCCAUGCCAUUUUUGUUCUUGCUAAAGCUUUUAUUUGGGAUAACUUGAAGUUGAGUUAUCAUCCUAAGAGCUGUAAUAUAUCGUGAAUAGAGAGAUGGAGCAUUUUUUUUUAAUCCCUGUAGAUCUUGCAUUUUCUUCAUUUUUUGACUUUAAAAAUGCCAGUGCUGCUAAGCUAAACAUUAGAAGCUGUAUUCAUAAUCAUACUACUAAAUGCAGAUUAAAAAUUACUUUCAGUCUAAAAUAGACUAGCAUAAUUAUUCUCAUUUAGUUGCCAAGUACCAUGCUAUAACCUUCUUUAAAAUGUCAUGCAUUUCACUGACAACACUGAAGGCAUACGUGUAUGUUUGAAGACACAGGCACGCACGCACACACUCACACUCACUCACUCAUCAUACUUGCAACGUAAAUGAGGACUGUUUAAGAUGCAAAUCAUCCGUUAGGAUUGGUAUUAAUAUAUACCACAAGAGAGAUUUAAGUAAAAAAAAAUCCUCUCGGAUCAAAGACAUGUUAUUCAUAUAACUGCACGUUUUUCUAUCUGGGCCACAAAUGCUUUAUUCUUUCUGAUUCAUACUUCACAUCCCUGUAAACCCACAAAACUAAGUCUGGUAAACUUAUGAUUUUUGUAGUAUCUAUAUCACAAAUGGUGUAGUUCCUUGUCUGUGUGUUUUGGGUUUUUCAGGCGUUUCAACUUGUGCUUCCUGCAGAAGUGAAGCCAGAUAACAGCGCUGCUAAAAGAUCUCAAACAACUGGACAUUUGGUUAUCAGCCUACCAAAGGUAGGGCAAGAUGUUCCUACGAUGCUCAGAAUUCAGUUUUGCCUUGGAUCUGCUUGCCUGCACUUUCUUCUUCCUCUCCCCGUAUGUUCUGCCCUUGAGGCAUUGCAAAACUCAGAGCAAAAUGCCCCCCAGAGCACAGUGUUACCACCAAAGUGGAACAACAUCAAAUGCGAAAGACUGGAUAAACAACAUAGCCUCCGAAAAGAAGAAACAUGGCAAACUUGAGCCUCAGUUCUGAGUGGACUGCCUCUUCAGUAGCACCUUCAGAGCCAAGCCCAUGCUGUCAUGAUGCUGAUUUGAUGCCUUGCCUGUUUCUGCAAGCAUUUCAAGGCUUUUUCACAACAUAGUCUUUAGGGCAGAGCUUCCCAAACUGUGCGUUGUGACACAGUAGCGUGUCGGCUGCAGUGUAUAGGUGUGUCACGCGAACUGCGCUUCUCCUGGGGCUGGAAAGGGGUUAGUUUAACCUCCGGUUUGCUAGUGAAACUCUAUUACUGUGUCGUGAAACGGUGCAUGUCUAAAAAUUGUGUCACCAACAUGAAAAGUUUGGAAAGCUCUGCUUUAGGGACUUGAGAUCUUGCUCUCUUAAAGAAGCUUUGGCAGAAGCAGUGAUACCUUUUAGUAGACUAAGGAUGUAGGACGCUGCCUUAUAGCAAGUUCAGACUAUUUGUACUGGCCUAGUUUUGUCUACUGACCAGCAUCCUUUUUCCUGGAAAUGACAGGGAUUGAACAUGGGAUGUUUUGCAUCCAAACAAAGCAUGUUCUCAGCCGCUGAGCAGAGAGCUCAUCAGGAGCGUCAUUUUCCAGAUGGAUGCGGACCGCAGAGUGGAGCUUUGGUCUGGCGUUUUAUUUAAUUAUUUUAUUGCGUAUCAUACUUGUAACAUGCAAUUAAGUGGUUGUGCCUCAUCUUUGGGAUGCUCUCCCCACAACAGAAAACAGGAGGCACCUUCGUUGGUGACAUUUAGGUGUCGGGUUAAAAGCUUUUUAUUUAAUAAGUCUUUUAAUUGUGUUACUCUUUUACAGUUUUUCUGGUUUGUGGGUUUUAAUGGCUGCUUAAUGCUUGUUCUGAUUUUUGCUCUUGUUUUUAUUGCCUCAGUUCUCCAGUAUCUUCAUUGCCGAUUUUAUUUUAUUUUUUGCAGCUUUUCUAUACAUGAGUUCAGACAUGCAAAGUGUUCAACAGAUGCCUGAAAUCAGUGGUCACCAAUGUGGCUGUCCUACUGGUAGUGUUGGACUACAACUCCCAUCACCUCUGGACAUUGGCUAUAACAGCUGGGACUGAUGGGAGUUUGAGUCCAACCUCAUUUGGAGGGUACCACGUUGGCCACCCCUGCUUCAACAACAAAUGAUUUCUUAUUUUAUUUUCUCGUGUGGGUAUUUUUGAACUGGCUGUAAUGAAAAUUAAAUAAAAGCUAAAGUUAUGGAAAGCAAAAUUUUGCUCCAGUAGCAGGUUGCACAGCUGCAGUUUGUAUUCCUGGUCUGAAAUAAACACAGAGGCAAAGACAGAGAUGGCUGUGUAGCGUUUUAACUGUUCUGAUGUUGAAAACUGCUCCCGAGCUGCCUUCGGGCCAUGUUUUCUUCCCCUUGAGCCAUGAAUCCUUGCAAAGCUAAUACAUCAAAAUGCUGGCCUUUUCUCCCACACCCCUAAGUUAUUAACGGAAGGCAUUAGUAAGAUAGUGUGUUCCUUCUUUACUUUUUUUUUUUACAUUUGUUCUUAAAUCUUUUUUUAAAAUAUGACUCCUCUGCUGAGAUGUAUGUAGCCAGUCUCCUUCAAGUUCAUACCAUCUGUCUUGUCUUGCUGGGCCUCUCAUUAAUUCCAAUGGUGCAUCUGUAAUGACAGGUUUGCAGCCUCAUCAGUAGCUGGAAUUGUGCCUGAAAUGUUAUUCAUCUGACCAAAAUCCACUUCUCCAAAACAUUCAGAAUACACUUAAAAUGAAUAUUUAUCACACUUCUAAAUAAUAGAAUCAUAGAGUUGUAGAGUUGGAAGGGAUCUCAAGGUUCAUCUAGUCCAACCCCCUGGAAUGCAAUAAUCUCAACUAGAUCAUACAUAGCAGAUAACCAUCCAACCUCUGCUUAAAAACCUCUUGUGGGAGUCUGUUCCACUGUUGAACAACUCUUACUAUUGGACAGAUCUUCCUGAUGUUUAGUCAGAAUCUACUUUCUUGUAACUUGAAGCCAUUGGUUCAGGUCCUGUCCUGUGGAGCAGGAGAAAGCAAGUUUAUUCUUUUUCCAUGUGGCAGGCCUUCAGAUAUUUGAAAAUGCCUAUCAUGUCUCCUCUCAGUCUCCUCUUUUCCGGGCUAAACAUAUCCAGCUCCUUCAAGUGCUCUUCAUAAGGCUUGGUUUGCAGACCCUUGAUCAUCUUGGUUGUCCUCUCUGCACAUGUUCCAGCUUCUCAAUAUCCUUCUUAAAUUGUGGCACCCAGAACUGGACACAGUACUCCAGGUGCAGUCUGACCAAGGCUGAAUAGAGCGAGACUAUUACUGUUGCUGCAGUCUAGAAUAGCAUUAGCUUUUCUUGCUGCUGCAUCACACUGUUGCCUCAGGUUCAGCUUGUGGUCUACUAAGACCCCUAGAUCCUUUUCACAUGUGCUACUGGCAAACCAGGUGUCCCCCAUCUGAUAUUUGUGCAGCUGGUUCUUAUUGCCUAAGUGUAGAGAUACUAUGGAUAGCAGCCACAUGCCACUGUAAGUGUGUUCAUAAGUAAACUUCACUGAGAGAUUUACCCCCAAGUAACCAUGCAUGAGACACGGGUGGCGCUGUGGGUUAAACCACAGAGCCUAGGACUUGCUGAUCAGAAGGUUGGCGGUUCGAAUCCUCACGAUGGGGUGAGCUCCCGUUGCUCGGUCUCUGCUCCUGCCAACCUAGCAGUUUGAAAGCAUGUCAAAGUGCAAGUAGAUCAAUAGGUACCGUUCCGGCGGGAAGGUAAACGGUGUUUCCGUGCGCUGCUCUGGUUUACCAGAAGCGGGUUAGUCAUGCUGGCCACAUGACCUGGAAGCUGUACGCUGGCUCCCUCGGCCAAUAAAGCGAGAUGAGCGCUGCAACCCCAGAGUCUGUCACGACUGGACCUAAUGGUCAGGGGUCCCUUUACCUUUACCUUUUAACCAUGCAUAGGACUGCAGCCCACAGGACAGGACAAUUGGCAAAGGUGUCUGGGAAGAAAAUUCUACAGUGAGGACGCCUUCACAGAAAAGGCCUUGUCUGCAACUGCUGCUGACUUCACUGCUCAAGAAAGGGCAUCCACAACAGAGAUUCAUAGUGAUCUCUGCAAAUGAACAGGCUCAUCCAGAAGAAUACCUUGAUAACUUGGAGGCCUGAGGAAUGACAGGUGAAUCUCUAGAUUUGCAGUGCAGUGAUGUACCACUGCCUUGCCGUGCAAUACAGAGAGCUGGUGUAGCAUAGGGCUGAAAGACACCCUUGGUCCAAAUGUCAGCUGCUGCAAACUUAACAAGUUCUGCUAGGGUCUUAGAUAUUCCCCCACCCCCAGUAAAAUACCACUUUUUUCCAAUAUGGAACUCAGUCAGUGAAUGUUGCCAGGAUUGUUACCAGAAUAGGGCCAUUAAGAAGCAGGAGUGAAGUAUCAGCAUCCUUUCAAGGUUUGUAGAAGUACAAACAAAUUCCAACCAACCCCUCACAAAAAAACAAGCCUAAAUGUCCCAAAAUACAGCCAAAAGAGGACUGAGUAUGCUAAAUAGCCAGGAAUGUAGAUUGACAGUUGGAAAACGUUAAAAUGGGUGGAGAGGAGGAGAGACUAUGGAAUAAUUUAUCCGGAGGGAACGGCCAGCUAGAACCGUGAACUGGAACACUCCUUUUAGGAGGAAUGAUGUACUGCAACAUUUUGUUGCUUGUGUCAUUUGCAAAGAAUAAUGCCAAUCUACCUUACAGAGUUGAUGCGUGUCUUACAAGUAUGUAACGUGUACUGAACUCUCAGUUGCGCCAUACAAAUAUGUGUCAAACCCAGUGUCUGGAAAGGAACCUUCGCUACGUUCAGAGCUGGUCUUCUUGGCAAGCCUUUGCAAAAGUGUAGGGUCUCAUAUGUAUUCACUACGCAUAUCUGAGGACUCUGGAUCUAUGGUCAUCCAAAGUGCACAUGCAGCACAAGAAUAGUAAUUCCUCAAUUGUAUUGAUUCAUAAGCAUCCUGUUUGAAAGUUCUUACAUCUCAGUGCAAGGCCUACAUUGGAUAGCUUGUUAAUUUUGCAAAACUCCUCCAGCUUUUCAGAACUUGCAGUCCUUUAAAAAAAUAAAAAAAUAAAAUAUUGCCUUUCUAGUGACCUUGUGGUAGCAAAGAUCCUGAAGAGAAUAAAUUUCUGCGUCAAGUAAAUGAAAGCAUUUCAUGUUCCCGGACACACUUUUAUUAAGUCUGAAAAUUAAUGUCCUUCCCUUCUUCCAAAGCAAGUAAUAAGGGCAGCAAAAGGUUUUAGACAAAUAGAACAGGACAUUUUUCAUCACGAAGCUAACCAAAAGGGAGACUUUCAAGUUUUUGCAUAGGGUGGGUUUCCGUAGACAUUUUAUGUUUCACAAAGUCAAUGCAAGUUGGCUUCCUGAGUUAUGUAUGUACUCUACUGGUCUACUUCAACCCACUUUUCAAAGCAUUUUAUAAGUGUGCUGGGUUGAGAUUGAAAAAUGCAUUGGUCCGCUGGCACACUUAUUUGUGGUAUGGAAAGGUGAUAGUACAUAAAGGAUUCACAAACCAUAUAAUUAAGAAAAAAUGUGUAGAGUAAGGGAUCAGUAUAAAAAUUUAUUGGAGACAGAAACACCACUUUGGCUUUCACCAUUGGAAGACAUAGUGGCAAAGAAAAAGAAUAUGAUGGAAGGUUGGGCAACUUACAGAAAUUUAUUAAGAGAAGACGGAGGAGAGUUUAAAUUAAAAGAAUUUAAGGAAUUAUCAGAAAUGUUAACAACAUGGAUGCAAUAUCAUCACUUGAACAAAAUAUUUAAGACAGAUAUGAAACAAGGGUUUGGUGAACAAAUAUCACAGUUGGAGAGAGACCUGUUGGAAUGUAAUGUUAAAGUGCUGUCUAAAAUGUAUAAGAUAUUAUUGGAAUGGGAGACAAAGGAUGAGCAAGUCAAAUCUUCAAUAAUACGUUGAGCAAUAGAUAUUUGUUAUAAUAUAGACAUGGAAGCAUGGGAACGAUUGUGGAAUACGGAUAUACAAUUUAAGAGAAAAUAAUGAAAAUGUUAUAUAGAUGGUAUCCAACACCUAGUAGAUUGGCAAAAAUUUAUAAAUCAAAAUCGAGUAAGUGUUGGACAUGCAAAGAAAAAGAAGAUACUUUUAUCAUAUGUGGUAGUCUUGUAGUAAGGUUAAAGCUUCCUGGGAAAUGAUGUAUAAUGAAUUGAAAAAGAUAUUUAAGAUAACAUUUGUUUAAAAAAACACACAGAAGCUUUUCUCUUGGGAAUUAUAGAUGUAGAACUACCCAAACAGUAUAGAAAUUUAUGUAUGCAACUACAGCAGCAAGAAUGUUACUUGCCCAGAAAUGGAAAGAAGAAGUCCUGACAAGAGAUGAAUGGAUGCAAAAAGUUCUGGAUUAUGCAGAAAUGGCAAAACUUACCAGAAGAAUAAGAAAUCAAGAUUUCAGCAGCAUCAGGUCUGCUAGCUUUGUUGUUUUUCAUUUGGUUAAUAGCUGUACACAACUCUCUCAGAUUUGGAGAUACUGCAUGCUUAUCUCUAAACUCAUCUCUAAUCAGCUGCCCAGAUAAAUUUGUGAGCAUCCUUCAGCUCCUCCAUGAUAAUAUGACAGCAACAAUCGCAGACUACAGUGGCUCUUAAAGUGAACCAUUCACAGUUGAAUCAGGUGUUAAACAGGGUUGUGUUAUCGCCCCAACUCUGUUUAUUAUUUUAAUUGCCAUGAUCCUACACAUUGUCAAAGGGAAACUCCCCACCGGAGUAGAAAUCAUAUAUCAGACAAAUGGAAAGCUCUUUAACUUGAGUAGGCUGAAAGCAAAGACUGAGGUUACCGUAACUUCCGUCAUAGAGCUUCAAUAUGCUGAUGACAACAUAGUGCGCACACACUCAGAGGAUGAGCUUCAAACCAUUCUAAAUAGCUUUGCAGCAGCUUACGAAAAGCUUGGCCUAUUGCUCAACAUCCAAAAAACCAAAGUACUGCACCCACAAGCACAAAACAACCCCCCUGCAGCGCCACAAAUCCAACUUAAUGGUGUAACAUUGGAAAAUGUCAAUCACAUCUCCUACCUGGGCAGCUGUCUUUCCACAAGGGCUGACAUUGAUACCAAAAUUCAGCAUCGCCUGAAAUCGGUGAGUGCAGCUUUCUCCCUAUUGAAGUGCAAAGUGUUUGAGGACCGGGACACUCACAGGGAAGCCAAAAUGCUUAUUUACAAAGCUGUUGUACUACCAACCUUACUGUAUACUCGUGAAACAUGGACCACUUAUAAACGCCAUCUCCAACUCCUCAAAAGAUUCCAUCAAUGGUGUCUCUGAAAAAAUUGUUGGAAAGACAGGCAAACUAGUGCCAGUUUGCUGGAAGAAUCAAAGAAGAUCACCAGUGUUGAAGCAAUGAUUCUUCAACAUCAACUUCAUUGUACUGGUCAUGUUGUGUGGAUUCCUGAAGAUCGUCUUCCAAAGCAACUACUCUAUUCUGAACUUAAAAAUGGAAAGCGUAAUGCUGGUGGUCAACAAAAGAGGUUUAAAGACUCUCUCAAGGCAAAUCUGAAAAAAAUAUAGUACAGUGGUACCUUGGGUUAGGAACUUAAUUCGUUCCGGAGGUCCGUUCUUAACCUGAAACUGUUCUUAACCUGAACCACCACUUUAGCUAAUGGAGCCUCCCGCUGCCGCAGCCGCACAAUUUCUGUUCUCAUCCUAAAGUAAAGUUCUUAACCCGAGGUACUAUUCUGGGUUAACAGAGUCUGUAACCUGAAGCGUCUGUAACCUGAGGUACCACUGUAUAAACACCAACAAUUGGGAAACAAUUGGCCUGCGAGUGCUCCAAUUGGAGAACAGCCUUUACCAAAGGUGUCAUGGGCUAUGAAGAUGCUCAAGCUAAGGAUGAAAGGGAGAAACGUGCUAAGAGGAAGACAUGUUUGGCAAAUCCUCAUCAUGAUCAACUCCCACCUAUGUCCCCACUGUGGAAGGACGUGUGGAUCCAAAAUUGGCCUCCACAGUUACGGACUCACUAUCAAGACUGUGUUGAUGGAAGACAUUCUUACUUGGCGACGAGUGAUUGCCAAAGAAGAUUUGUAAGAAUUACCCCAAACAAAGGAGCUGAUGAAUCUGUACAGAAUCACUAUGGGGGAAAUGCAUGAGCAGCAUUGCAGAGUUGCAGCCUUCUUUGUUUCUGACACCAGAUGCCCAGUUGAUGACAAAGGAAAGCAUUAAAAAUGAAGAUAAAUGUCUCCUAGCAACAUCAGCUUUCACAGCUGUCCAGGUUUAUUAUCCAAAAAAGUAAAGUUCAGCAGAUGCAUUGGUAAGGAAUGUUGCCGUACCCAUCUUUUGAUCAAAUUCUUAAGGAGGCUUGCAACAGAUUGCAGUGAUUUAAAUAAAACAAGAACCAGCACAUACACAGAUAACCCAGCAGCCUUUAGUUUUCUGGCUGAUGGAUGGGGCCAGAGUGUGCAGUUCCCACUGGGAAACCAGUUGUAGUACAGAGUUAUUCCUGGCUGGGAUGGGGGGAAUCAGCUCUCAGCAGCUUCUCCUUCUUUGUCCGAUGAAGAGGACUAGGUUGGUCUUGAGCUUGCCAUGAUCUUCUUCCUGAGAGGCAUGGGGUUUGACUUCCCAGUGGUUUGUGGUCCUCUGGCUGAUGGGAAUGGCUGGCCAGAAUGUAGGUCUGUUCUGCUUAGCAGACCUAGGACAACUUGGAGCCUAGUGUUCCUUCCAGCAGAGAGGGGGAAGCAAGCUUCCUAUGUUUGCUUCCCUGCUGGCUGAAGGUUGGGCUAGACUUCCUCUUGCCAUUCUGUUCUUCCUUGGAGGUAGAAGAUGUGACCCCCCAGUAGAUCUUUGACCUCUGAUGGAUGGGACCAGAGUAUGCUUUCUCACAGUUCUGCAAUACUAGGCAAACUAAUAGGCAAAUUUAUUGGGCUUCAGAUGCCAUUAAUAAACUAAAUAUCUAAAAAUUAAUGGCAGUUGAACUCUGAAAAUCCAAACCUAUAAUUUAUAACAAAAAUAUACAAUUUCCACCAUCAAACUGAAUGAUCAUUGACAUGCUGGUGCUCUAUAAUUCUGGGAACAUUUUGUGCAGAUAUCUUCAGGAUUUGCAUAAAAUGUUACUCAACUUGGAAGUCCAGAACAGUUUUUGCAUUAGGCUCAGAACAUAAAUAGCUUAUUCUUUAUCAAACACACAAUCUAGCCAAAGCAGAGCGCCUCUAGGUCUCACUGAUUUAAGUAAGAGAGAGAGUGAAGCAUAGACAUAAUUUUGCCAUUGAAAUCAUUGGGUUUUAGAUGUGCUUAACUUUGGCUGCAUUGUGCUCCAUGAUUUUUAAAGAAUACAGAAGGUUUGGACCUCAGUCUUUCUGAAUCAUUGUCUGCUUUAGGCAGCAAAUAUAAGUGUGUGUGUGUGUGUGUGUGUGUGUGUACACAGACACCCUUUAUUCAGAAGAUUUUAUUUACUUUCAGUGCCUGGAGCUGAACUGAGAUAAUUUGUGCUCCCUAACCUUGAUGUUCAGAUAUGGUGGACUGAAAUGUUAAAUAAACACAUUUUACCUGAAGUAUUUGUGUUUAUAAAAUUUUCUAUCCUACAGAAAAAUGCAACCUAAUGAUGAAACCAAUAUACUUUUUUUUUUCAGGCUAAAGAAAUAAUUGUGGCUAAGCAAGAAGUAUCCACUUCUAAGAAACCCUCUGACACCACUAAUCUUCAAAAAAAUCUAACAAGGUAAUAGUUAUGAUUUAUCUAUCUAGCACCUCAGUUUUUAUACAUGCUGGAAAUGGGUUUUCAGUUGCAAGGAUAUUUCUACUCAUGGAAUGCACAGUUGUAUGGAAUAACAAAAAUAAAUAUUGAUUUUUUUGAAAUAAAGCUUUAUGUGGAGCCUUGUCCAAUGCCUUUAUAAACGUCUGCUUUGGUGGCCAACCCGAGAAAGUUCUUACAACCGCAAAUCAGAUUUAUUCCAUCGACUGUCACUUGGCCUCUUCUACAGCGUUAUGAAUUGAAGCUCAAAUUCUUGAUCAGGAAAGGACUUUGCAGGUUCUUCACUCUUCUAAGCGAUAUUUCCUGGGUGCCUGAACAACUUAGGAAGAAACAAGUCAUCUAUUUGAAUUCCAUCUCAUUUAGUUUAGGGCUUUCAAGGGCUGAAAUUUUCAAAGUUAUUGAUCAACAACACAAGGCAGCAUAGUCUCUCAUUGGCAAGGAGGAAAGGAUGAUAUUUGUCUUUUGUGUGCUGAACAAAGGUAACAUUCUGCUAGUGGACUAGGAAAUCUCUGCACUAGAUCAUGUGUCAGAGAAUUAUAGGAUUCUAGAGUUGGCAGGGAUUAGGAGAGUCAUCUAUUCCAACCCUCAGGAAUCUUAACACACAUCCAAUUUGAAACUAUGCCUGACCCUGCUUAGCUUUGCAAAUGUGCUAGCAGUUUACUUUCUGUAUCACUAGCUGGAGAAAGAUGAGCGUUAACACUGGGGCUGGAGGGACAGUGCAUAGUGGACCAUCUUUUUGGUGAAGGAUGGGAUAAAAAUACUUUAAAAUCAAAAUCUACCAGAAUCAGACAAUUGUAGAUUGUCACCACCAUCAUUUCUGUGCUUGAUAUUGGACUCCCUUACGUGUUGCUGAAAGUUUUGUAGGGCACACUCAGUUUCUGUAGGGUACUGGCCAAACUCUCAUUGCUUCACAUGAACUGACUGCACAGCCAAUAAUGUCUCUUUCUUCGAACCUGCACCUCGCAGAGAAAAAUCAGUAGCUUUUGAUUAUCUGUCUCUGAAGGAGGUUGACCAUCAUUAUGGAUCUUCUCACUGAGGAACUGAAAUAAAUAUAUGAGGAAAUCCAGGAUCCUUGGAACCCAGGUUGAGAACCACUGCUUAGGCAAAUGCUUUGUCGGGAAGUGAUUUGAUAACUGUUUAGCUUAGCAUUUCUUGUAAAAAACUACCCCUCUGCUAGCCACUUUACUUCUUCAGGUUUCUCAUCCCAAAAAGCAAAGCACAAUUGAUGAGCUGGUGGGGAAUAUUGUUGUGGGGACUGCUCCAGGAGCUUCAUAUCUCUCUCUCUCUCUCUCUCUCUCUCUCUCUCUCCCUCUCUCUCUCCCUCCCUCUCUCUCUUUCUCUCUCUCUCACACACAGAAGAUUCUUGUAAAGCAGCCUGGGUUAUUCUUGUGGGAGUCAGUCUUAAGAGCCUUACCUUCAGGGUGGUGCUGACCCAAUUGCUUCUUUGCAAAGUCAAGCCUCUCCUCUUGGAGUUAGUUACAAGGGCUUUGAGGAAUAAAAUUUAUAGGAGCAAAUGUUCAGCCUGAUGCUGCAUGGACAGCUUAACAUGGAUUGGAAGAUCGGGCAGUGGGAGCUUGGCUGCUUAACAGAUCGCAUAGAAGUUUCCUCAAAUCCAGAGGUGGAUGCAGGAACGGAUGGAAUCAGAGAAAUGUAAAGUUGCAAGGGGCCACUAGGAACUUCUAGUCCAUCCCCUGCAAUGCAAGAAUAUUUUGCCCAAUGCGCGGCUUGAGUCUCAUGCUCCAUCUUCUGAUGGGACACUUUUGGUGGUUAGUCAUACCCCUGCGAUUCAUUUUGGCCUUUUCCAAGGACCAAUUCAAUUGUGUGAUUAGCUCUGCCCUGUGGAACUCCUUGCCAGUAGAAGUCCCAGUAGAAUUCACCCCUGCCUUUUUUUUUUUUUUUUAAAGUCUUUUAAAAGCAGUCUUGUUCAGACAGGCCUUUGGAAUGUUAUUUUUUAAAAACAACAACCAAACAACCAGUAUUUAUUGAUGUUUUCAUUGAUGUUCACAUUAUAUUUUUAUGUUGCACAUCACCUUGUUAUAUUUUUAUGAAAGUGCAGUAGAUAUGGUGGAAAUUUCCAUGUCCACAGUGGGGAGAUUUGUUUAAAAAAAAAAAAAAACUGGGCCAAAACAAACAAGAUGAAUUUUAACAGGGAGAAAUGUAAAGUAUUGCACUUGGGCAAAAAAAAUGAGAGGCACAAAUACAAGAUGGGGGACACCUGGCUUGAGAGCAGUACAUGUGAAAAGGAUCUAGGAGUCUUGGUUGACCACAAACUUGACAUGAGCCAACAGUGUGACGCGGCAGCUAAAAAGCCAAUGCAAUUCUGGGCUGCAUCAAUAGGAGUAUAGCAUCUAGAUCAAGGGAAGUAAUAGUGCCACUGUAUUCUGCUCUGGUCAGACCUCACCUGGAGUACUGUGUCCAGUUCUGGGCACCACAGUUCAAGAAGGACAUUGACAAACUGGAACGUGUCCAGAGGAGGGCAACCAAAAUGGUCAAAGGCCUGGAAACGAUGCCUUAUGAGGAACGGCUAAGAGAGCUGGGCAUGUUCAGCCUGGAGAAGAGGAGGUUAAGGGGUGAUAUGAUAGCCAUGUUCAAAUAUAUAAAAGGAUGUCACAUGGAGGAGGGAGAAAGGUUGUUUUCUGCUGCUCCAGAGAAGCGGACACGGAGCAAUGGAUCCAAACUACAAGAAAGAAGAUUCCACCUAAACAUUAGGAAGAACUUCCUGACAGUAAGAGCUGUUCGACAGUGGAAUUUGCUGCCAAGGAGUGUGGUGGAGUCUCCUUCUUUGGAGGUCUUUAAGCAGAGGCUUGACAACCAUAUGUCAGGAGUGCUGUGAUGGUGUUUCCCGCUUGGCAGGGGGUUGGACUCGAUGGCCCUUGUGGUCUCUUCCAACUCUAUGAUUCUAUGAUUCUAUGAUUCUAUAUCUAAAUAAAUAAAUAAUAAUCCCUUUUAUCGUUGCUCCAUUUUAGCAAGGACAGUUCCUAAACUUGUCAAAGAGUUGGCUUGAAUCUCACCCCCCAGUAACCUGAGAGCCUCCAGUAGGAACAUGGGCAGAUUUUUAAAAACUUUAAUUAAUCAUAUUUAUGACAUGUACUGAGCUUAGGGAACAAGGUGACCUAGACAACAUGAAUUGUGACUAAGACCUUGUUUCCCAUGAUUGAUGUCUUCCUCUAAAUAAUACUUGUAAAGGCAUGUUCUUCCCGAUCAGACCCUGAUUUUGAAAGUCAUAGGUGUCCUUGCACUUCCAGUUCAAUGGAUGUUCUUCAGACUGCUGUAUGAUUACAAAAAGUCAGACAGGCUCUUGGAAACUCAUAUCAUAUGCCUCUGUCUUAAAUAUCUAUUUUGCUUGUGUAACAGCUAUACUAAGACCUUUUCAAAGACCUAGAUGGGAGCCUAGUCCUCUCUUCAUCUGCUAGUAAACACUGCCAGUCAAACUACUGUGCUAUAUGUACAAAUAGCUAUACCAAGUGAGGCAAGAUUCCUAUAAAAUCAAAUGGGGGGGGGAGGGAGGGAGAGAAAGAGAGCACAAAUUCUGGGCCUGAACUGGCAUGUCUGCUUGUGCUGUCGGCUUGUAAUCUUUUUAUGGUCUCAUGAUUACUCUCAGUUAAUAGCAAUAACCUCACUGGGUGUAAAGACGAAUGAGAAUGACUGUAAAGCACUUAGAGGUAUUAAGAUCGCUACAUAAAUGGCAAGAACCACAGAGCACUAACAUUUCAUAAAUGAUAUCAUUUAAAUAAUAGUGUAGAUUUAAUGAGAGGCUGUGGCUUAUACAAAAUCCAGCAUUUCAUAGACUUCAGCUCCGACAAAUUCUCCAGGGACUGCAAUGGCAACCUGUUGCAUUUGGGGAACAAUUCAGAUUACCUGUUGGAGGGAAGCCAUAGCUCAAUUCUGGGUUCAAUUCCCAGCAUCUCCAGUUAAAUUAUCUGUGUCUCAGGUCUUCAGAGGUGCUAUAAUACUGAAUGCUGGAAAAGUUGUGCCGAUGGUCUCACUCAGUAUAAGGUAGCAGCUUCACAUAGUCAUAAUUUUGAAAUAUAAAUUAUCUGCAUAUCCAGGAAACAGAUUCUCUCUUCCCCAUGAUAUCACAACCAUAAUCAUUAUCAUCUGCUUAUAGGCAGAUAAACAAAUUAAGGGGAAUGAGACCCAAGGGAGAAGGACUUGCAUAGAGGAAAAAACCAUACAUUGUGCUUGCAAACUUAUGACCUCUAGGAGGCCUCUCCUUCUCCAAGGCAUUAGACCUCCCUCUCUGAGAAUGGAGAAAAAGAGUUCCAACCUCAGAGAGGAAGAUCUAAUGUUAGCUUUCCCCUUUCCACUGUCCUAGCAGCUUGUACUCCAUAGAGCAGAAAACUGGGUGACCUAGGAACACAUUGGGGGCAUGCCAGGAGAGGACAUGGUGAAGGCUUAGAUCUGAAGGAUCCAGUGACUUUUCAGUCCCCCAACAUGCCCCCAAACUGGAGAUUGAAUUACUCCAGCCCUGGAGCUGGUGUAGCUCACAACUGUUUUAUCUCCUCCCCAUUGAGGAAAGACAGAACAGGAAGCAGGACAGAGAAUUGCAAAGCACCCUCGUUUCUACCCUGCUUUGUGUUUCCUCCAAGGCCAGCUUUAGUAUUACAUGGUAAAUGUCCUUUUCAAUUAAUAUUCUAUCACAAUAUUAAAGAGUGGCCAAGAACAUUCUUUUGGUGAUCGGUCUAAAUUUUCAUGAUCUCCUAGGCAGGCCAGGAAGACAGAACCUAGCACAUUUAUUUUCACAUGGUAAUGAAGAAACAAUCAUGGACCUCACUUUCUUUUUAAUAUGGAGAGAGUGGAGAUGCCCUGCUCAGAACAUCAUUUUUUGUCAAUGGAUUUUCACUAAGUAUCCCACAAGGUUCUGUGGGGAAAGGACAGAACUUGCAAGAAGAUGUUUGAAUUUCUUGAGGCUAGGGAAGAACUUCUUUUUCAAGAAAAGACACUCUUUUCUCCACAGGAGGUUUGCAGGUAAAGGAAAUAUAUUUCAACGUUGUUAAAGCCAUGAGAACAGAAGCCAAACGAGAGUUCCGGCCUUCUUCGAGUAGGAGAGGAAAAUCAGGUUGUUCCCAGCUGGGGGAUACCAUUGUUCUUUGGAAAGAUGUGUGAUGGCCUUUGAAUGCUGCCCCCCUCCCAAUACCUGGCAUGCUAAAAGAAAAAGCUUGGCUCUGAGCUUCCAGGUGCUUGAUAUAUAACACCUCAGAAGUGCUGAUGUUUAAAGACUAGAUGUUCCAGCGGGCUGCUCAUGUCUGCAACGAGGCACAAAAUUCAGGCUGGUUUGAGAGGUGGGUAGUAAACCCAGGUGGCACUGCAAUUCAGCGGCAGGUGAUGUAGCCUGAUUUUGUAAUCACAAAAUCAGCCUGACCAUUUUGUGGGGGGGGGGGCAGUUAGAAGAGAAAAAGAAGAGUUUGGAUUUGAUAUCCCGCUUUAUCACUACCUGAAGGAGUCUCAAAGCGGCUAACAUUCUCCUUUCCCUUCCUCCCCCACAACAAACACUCUGUGAGGUGAGUGGGGCUGAGAGACUUCAGAGAAGUGUGACUAGCCCAAAGUCACCCAGCAGCUGCAUGUGGAGAAGCAGAGACACGAACCCGGUUCACCAGAUUACGAGUCUACCGCUCUUAACCACUACACCACACUGGCUUAGUAGACAUGCCACAACAGGCCCAUUCCAGACAAUUAUAUUGCAGUACUUUGGUACGUCCAGAAUUUCCUUGGGCAGUGGGGGAUGGGAUGGGAGAUGAUUGCAGUUCCUUCCACGAGACUUUGUAGUACCCAGCAUCAUCUUCCCAUGUUUUAAAAGGGCUUGAACUUCUAAGCAUCGUAAAGCUUCCAGUAAUCUUUUCGAAGGAAAGUACCUGAGCCUUGAGGUCUGAAUUACGACCGGCAAUGAACAUUGCUGCUUUUGAUUUUGUGUGCUUUCUGCGUCUCCAGAAUUGUGUGUAUUUAAUGUAAUAGCAGAGAUAAGUAUGUAUAUUGUUGAACAAAGUAGAACCCAAUUCAGUUUCCCUGAGCGACGUUUCAAGUGGCUAUAAAGCAUUGUGGCCCUUCUCACUGUGGUCUUCUGGCACCAAUUCUAGAUGAUGGACAGAAGCUCCAUUGUGAGGCAAGAAGAGCGUUGGGAUGGUGUCUUUUAUUUUGCUGCUGCUGUUACAGAUAAUAAAUGCUCUUGCCCUUGGAAUCCUCUCUCACCUCUGUUUUUCAUAACGUAGAACAUGUUCACAUUUACAAAAGAAAAAGUAGGAGGUAAACUAUUGGAGGUGGCAAACCCCUUGUCUAUUUGGUGUUAUCUAUAUGUAUAUAUGUAUGUAUGUAAUUUCAAAUAAUCUGUAUUGGAAUGGCAGAGAGAAAGAUGGACAUGCAAGGCGCUUGUAGAUAUGGCUCAUAUAUGGCUGGGCUGCCUUUACUCAUGAAAGGGAGCAGGUGGCGCUGUGGUCUAAACCACUGAGCCUCUUUGGCUUGCUGAUUGGAAGGUUGGCGGUUCGAAUCCGUGCUAUGGGGUGAGCCUCCGUUGCUCUGUCCCAGCUCCUGCCAACCUAGCAGUUCGAAAGCACACCAGUGCAAGUAGAUAAAUAGGUACUACUUCAGCAGAAAGGUAAACAGUGUUUCUGUGUGCUCUGGCUUCCGUCACGGUGUUCUGUUGCGCUAGAAGCGGAUUAGUCAUGCUUGUCACGUGACCCGGAAAGCUGUCUGUGAACAAAUGCCGGCUCCCUCAGCCUGAAAGUGAGAUGAGUGCUACAACCCCAUAGUCACCGUUGACUGGACUUAACCAUCCAGGGGUCCUUUACCCUUUUUACCUCUACCUUUACCUUUUACUCAUGAAUAUUUUCCUGUCAUAUUUGUGUUAAUAUUAGGCAUUCCUAUCCCAGUCCCACCUUUUAAUCCUGUGGCUUCACAAGGGAGGUGCCAGGCUUUGUCCAAGCUCAAAGACAGCCUGCAGAUGGGGUCAGAUUCUGGCAGAUGUAGACAGCACUAAUUGCAGCUUCUGAAAAGACUACAUAGCCCUACAUGGAAUGCUUAACAGUUCCCGAUCCCUUAAUGUUAGCAUCUUCUUAUGAGUACAGUGGUACCUUGGGUUAAGAACUUAAUUUGUUCUGGAGGUCCGUUCUUAACCUGAAACUGUUCUUAACCUGAGGUACCACUUUAGCUAAUGAGGCCUCCUACUGCCGCUGUGCCACCGCCGCACAAUUUCUGUUCGCAUCCUGAAGCAAAGUUCUUAACCCGAGGUACUAUUUCUGGGUUAGCAGAGUCUGUAACCUGAAGCGUCUGUAACCCGAGGUACCACUGUAGAAGCAUUUUCAACGACUCCUACAAAUGGAGCUAAUCUGUGAUACCCACAUAGAACUGGAUAAUGAUUUCAGAUAGUUUGGGGAACUUAUGCCCAGACAUGGCAUAAAUUUGUCAGGGAUUACCAAACAGCCGUUGUGGUUCUCUUCCCACCCCCACACAAUUGCUUUCCAAACUUUGCUAAACAAGUCUUCCAAUUUCUGGUUCCGAAAAUUGGAAUCAGAGUUGGUUAAAACCAAUUUUCUUCUCUCUAUUGUUUUGGCUUUGCUUGGAGAAGUAUGGGGUUGGAUGGUUAGUCUAGAAUAUUAAAUUACAUGAUAGAUGCAGAGGUGUGGUUGUAGAGUAAGUGUCUUUAGCGCCUGCCUCAAAGCGACUAAUAAUCUGAAUCAGAAUCAUAACACAUUCUUGCAAAUGAGCUGGGGAGACAGCAGUUAAUUACCUCUCAGAAAUGUCCAUUUGUAGUGUGCCUACCGUAAUAUUAAAUCCACUUUAUUAAACUUGAACAGCAUGAAAGAUCUGUACGGCUAAAGUGUGUUCAGCAAAAGAGGGGGAUGAUUGAGCCUUUCUCACUAAGGGUGAAACUAAACGUGAUGUUAAUUACAUGAAUGCAAUUAACUUGCAAGUUUCUGUUUUGUUUUUUGUUAUGCAUUCUGCAAGUAGCUGCUGAGUAGCCUCCAGACUGGGCAAGAGGGUAGGGAGUACUGAGAGGAAUUUAGCUUUUUCUCUCCUUGCAAAAUAACUUCUCGACAGCUCCUAUUUGCAUGCCUAGGAGAACCAGUGGGAGUUUCCCUUGAAAUGCAAAUACUUUUUAAAGUAGUUUAAAUCAUAACAGUGUGUGAAAAGCACCUAGCUUUCUCCUUUCGGUGUCUUCUGUUUCGUCAUUUUGGCCAGUGAAUGACCUUUCACAAUCCUUCAGUGGAACUUCAUGAUUGUUUGUUCUUUCUAGAUAGAGAGAACAAGCAGUUGUGAAGCUCCGCUGAGCAGUGACUCUGAGAAUAAAUACAUACUGCAUCCAGUGGAAGACUUCAUUUGUUGUUGCAUUUCACUGUGGGCUGGAGAGAUGCCACAGAUGAACAGUCGGCACUGCUAGAUAAGAUUGAAGUAUCAGUGUCAUCCAAGGAAAAAGAAUGCAUAGUUGCUUUUUGAACACCGUAAAAUUAAGUUCUGUUUGCAUGUUCCUGGCAUCUAUAUAACUAAUUUUUUAGUUGACCUAGUCAAUAUGUAACUAUUUACAUGUCUUGGUGGCCUUUGAAUUUGUGCAUUUAUGGAUUUUCUUGACUGCUUUGCAUUGCCGUUUUGUCUUUUCUCAUUGGUUGCUGUUGCUGACACUGCUGGACAGCUCCCCUAACCUGGCUUGGGAUCCUGCAUGUGGUACUGUGGUCUAAACCACUGAGCCUCUUUGGCUUGCCGAUCAGAAGGUUGGCGGUUCAAAUCCCUGCGACGGGGUGAGCUCCCGUUACUCUGUCCCAGCUCCUGCCAACCUAGCAGUUUGAAAGCAUGCCAGUGCAAGUACAGGGGUACCUCGGGUUAAGAACUUAAUUCGUUCUGGAGGUCCGUUCUUAACCUGAAACUGUUCUUAACCUGAGGUACCACUUUAGCUAAUGGGGCCUCACACUGCCGCCACACGAUUUCUAUUCUCAUCCUGAAGCAAAGUUCUUAACCCGAGGUACUAUUUCUGGGUUAGCGGAGUCUGUAACCUGAAGCGUCUAUAACCUGAAGCGUCUGUAACCUGAGGUACCACUGUAGAGGAAUAGGUACUGCUGCGGUGGGAAGGUAAAUGGAGUUUCCGUGUGCUCUGGUACUCGUCACAGUGUCCUGUGCUCCAGAAGCAGUUUAGUCCUGCUGGCCACAUGACCCAGAAAGCUGUCUGUGGACAAACGCUGGCUCCCUCAGCCUGAAAGCGAGAUGAGUGCCUACAACCCCAUAGUCACCUUUGACUGGACGUGACCGUCCAGGGAUCCUUUACCUUUACCUUUUACCUUAUGCAAGGAGACCAUCCUGAAAUGUGUGAUGUGGUUCGUGUGAGCACCAUUUCUGAUCACCCCUUUUUUAGUGUUGUUCUUCCAGCAGUAAGUAGUGUGUGGUUAUAACAGCAACCGUGUCCUGAUUGGCCAGGUGGCAGAAGGGCCAGUUAACUGGGCCAGCUCCAUUCUUCCCAGUUGCACAGCAAGAUGACAACCCAAGCAAUGGAACUGUACUGGAGUGGACUGGGACAUGCUUCCAUAUAUGUCUAGUCUAUUUCACAGCAACUUUGAGUUCAUAUUCUAUGCACCAAGCACUCCAUGUACAUACUUUCCUUGCUGCAUUGGCCCUGACAAAUGACAAUAGUGAACGCUAAUCUGUUGAAUGCUGUUUUAAUUUUGUUCAGGGGUGAAGGUGGAACUCUUUGCAGAAGACGAGUUUAGGUACUACUGUUUUUUACUGUACAGUUUUGAAUCUCAUUACUUAACAAAAGGACAUAGAAAAGCAGCCAACUGAAAUAAGCACAAACUGAUAUAAACAUAUCAUUCAAUUUAAAUAGCAACUAAUGUUUUGUUUGUUGUCAACAAAAGGUUUGGUUUUUAUCACUGCUUUCCAGCAUUUUUUGUGUAAUUGGGAUGUUGAGAAGGAUAAAUUGCUGGAUUGAAGCAAGUGAGAUACAUCUGCAAUGAAAAUAAUGCAUUUAAAAUAGGUGUUUUUUCAGAAGCUGGCAAAUUAUACCUUGAUGCAUAUUCUUGGUGCAAAGUAAGUAUCUGGAUUAAAAUGAGUUUGAAAAAUAUAAAAACCAGUGUUUGUAGGCCUUCUAUGUAUUAAAUCGUAUGUAGUUUACAUAUGUGAGUAAACCUAUGAAAACACACACAGUUUGACUUGUCCUGGUUUUAGAACCAUUCUUGAUUGUGAAAUUGUUGUCUCUGGAGAUUUGAAGAAGCUACAGGAUGAGUAUCUGUCUGUCUUGGAUAAAAUUGUCUAAAUCCUGCUAACGUAGAUAAAUCUUAGAAGUCUUUUCCAAGCGAAAUGUCUUCUUGUCCAUUUUAUAUUAAGAUAAAAUAAUGCAUAUAACUAUUUUUUUUAAUUUUUAUUUUAUUUAUUUAUUUAUUUAUUUAUUUAUUUAUUUAUUAAUUAUUAUUUUUUUAUUUUAUUUUUAUUAUUAUUAUUAUUACAGGUGUACAGAGAAGCUGGAAGUGGACCCUAGCAAGUAUUCAUUCCCUGAUGUAGCAAACAUUGUCCAGGAAAAGGAUCGGAUUGGACAAGGACCUAUAAGGCUUCAGCGGCAGAAAACUGUAGAUACUAAUAACAUGAGCUUUGAUGAUGACCCAGAUGUUCCUCCUUUAAUUUGAAAGAUUGAUAUGGAGUUUCUUUUGACUUUAGAACACCAUAGACCUGUCUAAAGAUAAGUGCCUUGCCUUUUAGCUGAUUCCCUUAUUCUGUUGUACAAACAAAUGGAUGUGCUUCUCUAUAAACCCAUCUACUUCAGCUGUCUCUAGUGGUAAUUGAAAUCCCUGUCGGAGUGGAGUUCUGCUUUACUAAACAGCACAUCAGUUCCAAAUUGCACAGGCCUUUUUUCACAUACCGUGCUUUGCCAGCAUUCUUACAUCAACCUUGGAGAUGGUGUGAAUUGUUUUCGGGGUCUGAAGCAAAUCUCUCUCUCUUGCAUGUACUGAAAUUGCCUCAAGACUCAAGGCCAGGCUUGUUCUAAGCGGCUGAGGUGGGGAGGGGGACAGGAAGCAAAGCAAAUCCAUGUUGUAUCUUUUCCUGCAGUGGUUUAGAAGGGAAAGAGAAAAUUUUGACCGUUGUUCCAAAGUUCAGAGUUAAGGAGACAGCGGUGAACAGUUUCUAGAUGUGGAGCACUCAUCAGAGUCCUAGCCAAAGCACCCAGGUCGAUAAUUUUUUUGAGCUAGUGGGAUUCUGAUCAAAUACUGGAAAUGGGUAUGGAAAGAAGGCUGCAAAGAUGGGUUGUAAAUGGUUGGGGUGGGUGAGUUAGCUUGGGAUGGGUGAGUUAGCCUGCCUAGUUAGCUUUGUCACUCCAGCUUUCUCUUCUCUCUCUCCUUUUCUCUCCCCCGCAAUGCCCUCCCUCCUGUCUCUGCUUCCACAAAUCCUACACUGUGUCUCCGCCGUUCCUCUGGAAAAUUUAUUUCUACAAUUAUUUCUACAAUUGUUAUUUACUUCUACAAAAGUGCACUAAUUCCUGAACUGUUAAGUGAGAUGAAGGAAGUCUUGUCGCUUUGCAUGCUGCAGCAGUUGGCAACUAGAUAGGCCAGUGAUCCAGUGCAAAACACCUAGUGGGGGGGGGCAGCCUGGCCACAGCACACAUUCCUCAUCUUUUCUCCAUGCAUCCCCAAUCCUAGGCAGCAACAGCAUGGCUGAGACAACUCACAGACAAAAGGAAGUGGUUGGUCAUAAUCCAAUCCUUCCCUUCCCUUCCCUUCCGUUGCCCUCCACCACUUCAGAUUCACAGGGAAUCGUACAACAUGCCCGAUGUUUUCAUAUCAAUGGGAUGAGUGAAGAUUAAGCCCAGGAGGGUGAAAUCAUCUGUAUGGCUGCUUAGCAACCACACAAACAUCUUCUAUGCUUCCUGCUAACCUAGAUACCAAAAUGAACACUUGUGUGGUUGCCUAGCAACCAUACUUGUGAUUUCCACCCCCAUUUCACUUUCCCCUACCUUUCUAGAUUACCUUUACUAGCCCAGUUGAAAUGAGUGGAACUGUAAAGUUGUGCAGCUCCUGCUGCUGGCCUUCAGACGACGAUGGCAGCAUCCCUGGAAGUGAGAGGUGAUGGGGCAGUGAACAGCAUCGAACUUCCCCAUCCUGUCGGCGCAAUAAUGGUUGCUUAUGCAAUGGGGCUUUCUCCCCUCUCCUUCCCCUGCUGCACGUACCCUGCACCCUUCCCAAAUCUGCUCCAGAGGGUUGGGGAAAACCCCAGAAGAGUUUAGGGUGUGUGUGGAGAGGAAAUGGGGGGAAGUCUAGUUGCACAUGCAGAAAUCCUUGCACUGGUGGGAGGCUUACUACAUUGGAUACAAACCAUAACCUCACCCCCUUUUUGCUCAGUAUCACCCUGUGGCUAAGGUUCUGCUCAUAGGAGAACCAGUCCCCUACCUUAGUUGGUUGCAAGGCAUGCUAAUAGGGCUAAGAUGAUGGGGAGCAUUGGAUUAACUUCAGCAGAUCUCACAAUGUCUCCUAAAGGCAGGGGGAAAGCAUUGCCACUUUGCCUUGUGUCCUCUAUGCACUCACAGUUUUGGACAUAGUACCAUUAUCAAUCUGAACUGAAGUAUUGGAAUAAAUAGGCCAAUAAGCUAACUCACUUUGCGGCAGUUAUAAUUUCCUGCAAGACUUGGCCUGAUUCUCUCUGAAGUGGUAUACCUGUCUCAGCACUGCAGCAUCUGAAGAGGGCAAACAUCACUCUUCCAUGUCUGGGAGAAGUAUUCUAGCCUAUCCUUCCUGACACACCAGUUUUUAUUGUUCUGUGCAACUCAGAGAUGCAAGUGAUCAGUUUGUGCAACACAUCCACAGAAGAACGGUGGGAUAGAAAUGUAGUAACACAUGGAAAUCCAUUCUCCCAGGGCAGUGGACUGUUGCCUGUUCAUGCCACAAUAAAUAAAGUAUUGCAGU